AUGAUUAUUCCCGUCCGUUGUUUUUCCUGCGGCAAGGUUGUCGGCGAUCUCUGGGAGCGAUACCUGCAACUCCUCGAUGAAGGUGUUCCCGAUGGCGAUGCUAUGGAUCAACUUGGUUGCAAACGUUACUGCUGCCGAAGAAUGGUCAUGACACACGUUGAUUUGAUUGAAAAACUUUUGCGAUAUAACUCAUCGGAACGAGAGAAAGCCAAGACCCAGGCCUAA